GCACAAAGGUGGAGGUGCAACCCGUGUCGCGGAGCACCUUGGUGGUAUUGUAGGUAAUGUGAGGAGCUGCCCCAAUGUGCCAAGAAAUGUGAGAGAUGCAAUGAGAGAGUGUCGGGAUGAAUCAAGGAGGAAGAAAAGAGACAAACAAAAUAGCAGGCUGAGAAUUGAAAGAAAUAUUAUGGAAGGGUUGUAUCAAAAAGGAGGGGUGAUUAACAUACUAGAUGAUGAAGAAGAAGAAAUUCAGAUGAAUAUUAGAGAGGCCUUGCGUGACCCAAAUGUCUCUCGCAGAGUUGAAAGGAGGAUUGGUAGGGGGGCGUGGGUGAUGUGCGGGUUUCUGUUGGCAAAAGGAGUAUCACUGCCUAUUUUGACAAACAAUUAUCCAGCAACAAAGUAUCUAUGCAGCCCAAGAUCACUAGUGCUUUGGAUCCUAAUUCAAGAGAUGCACUUGGCCUAGCUUGGUCCAAGUUUUUUCAUGCCAAUGAUAUUGCUGGACGUAAAGCUGAUUGCCCAUACUUCCGAGCUGCUGUGAAGAUCACUCAACAAUUAGGGCCUGCUCCUAUACCAACCGCAAAGGAGAUUGAUGGGAAAUAUUUGGAGGUUAACUAUGAUGAAGCUACUUCGUUUCUUCAAAAAUUUAAACAAGAUUGGAAAAACUUCGGUGUGACUCUUAUGUGUGACUCUUGGACUGGUCCAACAGGAAUGAGCCUCAUAAACUUCAUGGUAUAUUGUAAUACACGAAUGUUCUUCCUCAAUACCAUUGAUGCAUCCGGCCAGACUCAGAAUUCAGACUUUAUCUAUAGAGAGAUUGAGAAGGUUGUAGAAGAGAUAGGCCAUGAACAUAUUGUUCAAAUAGUAACCGAUAAUGGGUCCAACUAUAAGAAAACUUGCAAAACCCUUAUAGAAGAACCAAAAUACUCUCAUAUUGUUUGGCAACCGUGUGCUGCCCACACCGUCAAUCUUAUGUUAAAAGAUAUAGCCAAAUUUCCCGAGGUUGAUGUGAUAGUCAAGAGUGCCAAGACAAUCUGUAGGUUCUUCCAUAAGCACAAUAACCUACAUGAUAACAUGAAGAAGAACAUAUGUGGUGAACUAAUUAGACCAAAUGCCACCCGUUUUGGGACUGUCUUCAUGUUCCUUGAGAGUUACCAUUUGAAGAAAGAUAAAUUUAGGGAGUGGAUGGUUUCGACUGAUUGGAAGGAGUGUCAGUGGAGGUAUGAGCCUGGAUAUGUGUUUGCUGAAGAAUGUUUGUCCAGUAAUGUUUGGUGGAACACACUAGAGUGGGUAUUGGGUUCGUUGAGGCCACUUUAUAAGGCCAUGAGGUAUGCUGAUACACAGAAACAAUGCACUCUUUCCGGAUUCAAGAAAAGUAUGAUGCUCGCUAUACAACAGAUGGAAGCACAUCUAGGCCCUACAUCAAGGUUGUACCUUAGUUUCAUGCGCAAGGUGGGCAAGAGGAUAGAGGCAAUGGAAGAAGAUACAUUUAUGGUUGCAGCUGCCGUCCUUGAUCCAUAUACACAUUACAAGCUCAACCUUUGCAACCAUACAGAUUAUGCUACCUCACUAACAGAUGCGAUAGCGAAGAUAUUAGAUCCAAAGAGUGCUCUUUCAGCCAUUGAUGAAGUAAGUAAGUUUAGGGAGUGCCAAGGGAGGUUUGGGACCAGAUUAGCAGAAGAAGCUGCGGCGAGAAUGGAGCCAACAGCCCAAUGGUGGUUUCAAUUUCGAGGGGAUGUUCCUGCAUUGCAGAAGUGUGCAAUGAGAAUUUGCUCACAAUGUGUCUCAUCGAGUGGGUGUGAGAGGAAUUGGAGCGCCUUUGCUUUGGUGCACACAAAGCAAAGAAAUCGUCUUUUAUAUGACAAGCUCCACAAGCUAGUUUCUGUCCGCUACAACCUAAAGAUACAUGCUGAAGAAGAUCAAGAGAAAGAUAUAGAUAAUGAAGUUGAUCCAAGUGCACUGCUGCUGGACACAACAAUGUUUGAUGAAGCAAAUCCAAUAAUGGAGUGGCUGAAUGAGGAUGAAGAGGAUCCAAUUGUGGAUGUAGCUGAUGCAGCCAGUGCUGUUUUUGAGAAAAUAAGGCGUCUCAACUCAAGCAGGAAGGAUUCUUAUGUUGGUACAAAAGGUAAUAAGAAGAAAAGAAAGAGGAAUCAUGAUGAGGAGAAUGAGUAUGUCGAAACUGAGAGUGAGGAUGACGAUGAAGAGAAUGAGUAUGUUGAUAAUGAGAGUGAGGAUGAUGAUGGGGUGAGUGAGGAUGAUGAGGAUGAUCAACAAGAUCAGCAAGAGACACAAAUGCAAGUGGAAGAAGAGACACAAGUACAAGCUGAAAAGGAGACAGCAGCAAGUGUUGGCAAUUUGGAGGCUCGUAGAUCUGGACGACUAGUUAGGAAGAAGACCAAGGAAGUGAACAGCCUCUACUCGUAGAUUUGGUAAGUCUCUUAUUUUCGGCGUCUCCGCUUCAAAAUUUUAGCUUCAUGUUUUAUAUGUUUGAAGCAAAUAGCUUGAUGUGCAUUUCUUUAUUUAAGUAGGUUGAUAUUUAAUUGUUAUGGUGCUCUAAUGUUUACCUCACUGUGUAUGAUCAGUACUGCUGCUCUAAUUGCUACUUGUCAAUUAUCACCUUGUAGUGUUAUAGUUGCCACUUAUCUUCUUGUAUUGUUGUUGUAGUUGCUAUACUUAUCAGUGUUGCCACUUAUCUUCUUGUAUUGCUAUUGUAAUUGCCACCUAUCAGUGUUGUUCUGAUUGCUACCGAUCACCUAGUAGUGAUGUUCUCUGUUAGUCCAUUUUAUUUGAUUAUGCACAAAGUG